GGCCUCACAGUGAAUGAACCAUAGGAAUGAACUGAACCCGCGGGAAUCCACCUUCAUGGAAUAAACAGAUCUAUUCAUGGAAUACACUCAGAAUGGUUGAAUGCUGAAAGUAAAACUAAUAAUGUAAUACUGAUAGCAAAGUCUGUCGCCUACAUUGCACAGUACUGGUCUGAAAAACAGACAGGAGGAGGGAGAGGUCCCUAUCCCGGGACAGGAACCACAAACCUUCCAGGUCCUUCUCACGAUCAAGGAGGGUUGAAUAUGAAGGAUUUAAGCUGGACUAGACUGCCGUCGACUGAUAAUUGUGGAACGAUGGAUACUCGCAAGCGGAUCGGGCAUCGGAUCGGGCAUCGGAUCGGGAAAGGCCCUGCUCGACGAAACCUGUUUGGCCCAGUCGACAGAGAGCAGCUGCAGGUGGAGUACCAGGCUGCCCUGCAGGAAGACCUGGAGGAAGCUUGCCAGCGAUGGGGCUUCGACUUCAUCUCAGACAAGCCUCUGGAGAGAAGCGAUUUCCAGUGGCAUGCCAUCCCAGCCAACAAGGUGCCGCUGCUCUACAGAUCCUGUAUGCUUGGUCCGGGACGUACAGAAGGUCAGAGGACAGCAGAGGCAGCAGUUAAGCCCAAGGGACAAGGAAGGGUGGAGCCACCACAGAGUGACAAGGAGAACAUCCCAUGUUCGCCAGAGAGAUGUGCACUCAACAUGGAGAAAACACCAGAGAGAAGAGAGAACACAGGGCUGAAGAGGAAGCAGACAAACAUUACAGAUUUCUAUCAGGCUAAAAGAAGAGUAGUUUGGAUGCCACUCAAAUCCGGCGAGUGAUUUGCGGUGCAGUAUCCUGCAAAAGUUGCCAAUAUCCCAAGAGAACCACACAAACAGUGCUACACUCGGGAAAUCUACAGUCUGCACAGCCACUCGCCAGGAGGUACUGGACCCAGUGAAUUAUCUGACAACAGAAGAGACCUCAGCUAUACAUCAUUAUUAUAUAUUACUGUAAGGUAAAUUAGGGUACUGUAUUCACUCAAGGGGGGGUUGGUGUUUACCCAGUGAUAAGAAGGGGACAUUUGAGCAGAGAAGAUUAACGGUAAUCUCUCGAAUCAGUGGAUUUAUACUGAUUUGGAUCAUGGAGAUGCCAAAGAGUUGAGUGACAUUUCCUACUGUACAUUCCACAGGUCUGAAAAUGUAUGUCACCUCUGUACUUUUAGCAGUAUGGAGAUAUGAUGAUGGACACAUUACUGCAGAGACUUGAAACAGAUGUCAUGUUGGUUCUAAUCAUUGUGACAAAUUGCAGAAUAAUCUUAAGCCCUUUGGUUUCUCUGUUCAAAUCCACUCUUUUUUUUUUUUUUACAAUGUUUUUUCUUUAAGUGAAUCAUGGGGGCUAGCAGUUAUUUUGUGUGUUGAAAAAAUGCUUGAAAGAUGUUUGAUAUCCUGUACAUGCAGUUGCUUUGCUUUAGAUUUUUAACGUGCCAUCAUGUCCUCUUUCAUUUUUUUUCCAUCUGCUGUAUGUCGAUAGAUUUAUCAAAGCAGAUCUCCACAAGUGCCCUGUCUGGACUCUGACAUUGCAGGUUAGGAGCGUAGCACCAUGUCUUAGGAACACUUAAAAACAUUUAUAUUAGGGUUUACAUAAACAUAUAUACAUGUUGAC